AUGUCUGAUUCUAUCAAUAAGCGCCUGCACCGAACUCCCAACAAGACUUAUCCAAAGGUGAGGUUCUCGGAGCAGUCAACUCAGUUGCAACUGACCCGAGAAGAGCGGUCUGAGUAUAUCAAAUGUUAUUUCGAUUUUGUGCAUCCAGUGUUUCCCUUUUUAGUGCAGAAAGAGUUUGAAGAACAGGCAAGCGAUCCAGAACUUGAUCUUGUGUUAGAACAAGAUGCCCCAUUUUUUGUUUUGUACCAUGCCGUCCUCGCGAUCGGCAGCCAGUACAAAGGCCACGGGUCGUUCGACGCCGGAAGAGGAAGAUCAUGGCACUUAUUUCAAGCAGCUCUAGGCCGAUUCCAUGAAUUGAAAGGUCCAAGACUCGGCUUAGUAACAAUCCAGUUCUUAUUCGCUAUGACACCGUCUGGUUCUCAAAUUGCGGAGACGCAAUUAUCAGAAGCUGCAAGGAUGGCUCAAUUUGCUCGACUCAACAAAGGUUCGGCUGGGGCGGCAGAGGGUGCCCACCAAAGGACCUUCUGGGUUAUCUAUUCAGUGGAGAAGUUGUCAUGUUUUACCCAGGGAAGAACCUCCGUAAUUUCCGAUGAUGACAUUGGUUGCCAUAUCCCAGACGUUCCUGAAGCCGUCUUUGGCGAUUUCAACUGGUUCCUGUCCUCAGUCCGCUUUGGACGAUUGCUUUCCAAGGCUCAGACUAAGCUUUUCUCGGUCAGCGCGACCAUGAAAUCCAAGAACGAGUAUUGGCAAGACCUUCAAGGCAUCAACGACGAUUUGGAGACUUGGAGGAUGUCUGUACCCUCAAAUUUUCGGCCGAGGGAAAGUUUUACACGUGCACGGUUUGGGAGCCUGGCUUCCGUAGUGGUCGCGUUGCGGACACACCUUGUUUAUCAUAACAUGGUGAUGGUGCUGUGUCGGCUACGUUUGAAGGUUGCUGAGACGACUUCAAGUGCAUAUCUCUCACAAUGCCGCGAAAACUUUAUGAGCUCUGCCCGUCAGGUGAUUGAGCUGACGGCCCAUCUCGAAGUGGAGCCAUACACACCCUCCCUGCUCUUGUCGGCGGUCCCUCUAUCGGCAUUUCUCAGCCUUUUCCAGCUCGUCAUCAAUAAUCCGACACAUGUCCAGACACAAGACAACGUGACUUUUUUGCAGGUCGCUGCAGGAUAUUUCCGCCGUCUAGAAUACGCCACCAAACAUGUCUUUCCAUACUCUAUCCUUCCCACUCUCGCAGCUCUUGCCCAGGAGUUCGUCCAACGGCUGUCAAAUCCUCAAGACGCAUCUUUCAUGAGAAAUGAGUUGUUGAAGUCGCCGGAUGACAACCCUGCUGCCGGACCUGGAUUGGGCACGCAAAUGACACCCCUCCUGGGACUAUUGGCGGGUCCUACAGGAUCUUCACAGGCGAACGAAAACUUUGAUUCCACUUUCAAUGAAGCGAAUGGAGCAAAUGGAGCAAAUGGAGCAAAUGCACUUGAGUCGCUGUCGACCGUGUUAGAGGACACCGAAUUUUCCGACGCAGGCUCACAGGCACUACAAGGAAAUGAGAUCAUGCAAUUUUUCGGGACAUUUUCGGAUGAGAUGUGUGACCCAAUGCAUGACACCUAUUUUGGUUGGCAGUAA